CAGCGCCCGCCGUUAUUGUGGCUCAGGUCCCCGGGCGACGUAAUCGGGCCAUGGCGGGCAUAAAUGGUCCCCCGUAGCCCAAGCUCACAUGCGAUGCCGUGAUCCGUCCCAAACCAAGACUGUUCCAAAGCAGCAUCCGGAUCUCUUUUCAGGCAUCAGUCGUUCGGUUAAUUGGCUGUGACACACCAUCUCCACCGUUCUGGAAUCUCGCAGAUAGGCUGCACAAUUACACCGUUAUAGCCUACCUCUACAUGCCAGGAGGCUACCUCGCUACUCUUGACCAUUUCAACCAUUCUUGAACUUAGCAACAUCCCUCAUCAUCUUGAAUCUGCCAACCCACCGUCUGUGAUAUUGCUUUCGGUUCGACACUGCGCUUCCAAUCAUCAAAGAUCCAAACGUUUUCCAAGAGUCCAGGUGGCCCAUUAUGUCUGCGCCAACCGACAGCAAUGUUUCCAAACACGCAACGGUAGAACCCGCGCCCGAAUCCCCUACGACAGCUCGACCGCUCGAAAUGGAUGACGACGAAGCUCAGGAGAAUGUCCCUUUGGGCACUGAUAGCACAACGACUGCUACCACCCAGAAUGUGUCUGGCUCCGACGAGAACCCUCCGCCGAAGCCUCCCCGCCCGGUUUCCGAGGAGCAAAAGAAUCAGCAGAUCCUGAAAGAAGCGUUCCCUUCCAUCGACCCUUCUGUCAUCAAGGCGGUCCUUAGGGCCAGCCGCGGACAGAUCGAGCCCGCCUUCAACGCUCUCCUCGAGAUGACGGAUCCCGAUGCAGUUCAGAACGAUGACGUACCCCCGCCGCCUCCCCCAAGGCCCGCGGCCACCGAUAGGUCCCAGCUGGAGGCCGACGAGAUAUACGCCCGCCAACUCGCGGAGCAUUUCGAGAGCACCGCCGCAUAUGAGGCUAGAACCGCCAACCGUGGCACUCCGGGCUCAUCCCGUGAGCCCACUGGCCCUCGCGGUCCUCACAUGCCUCCGCGCCCCCGGCAGGGGACCGGCCUGAAGCCGAAUGAGCUGUACGACGAUCGGGAGCACAGUUUCAUUGACGACGAUUUGCCUGUCAUCAAGGAGAGCUUGCGCAAGGGGUUUAUUGAGACGCAGAGCAAGGUCAACUCGUGGUUUACGACUAUUAAGAAGAAGAUCGACGAGACCUUUGACGAGGAUGAGGAGGACCAACGCCGGCAAAACGAGAGUAAUGCGUUCAUCGGAAGACCAACCCGGAAUCAGCAACGCAGAAGCGCAGAUUACGACCGUUAUGAUGCUGAUCCGGCCAUCCUCAGCGAUGACUUUGCGGGCAUGAAGUUUAACAAUGACGGCACCCCUUAUACCGCCCAGAGCACACAUCAGCAGCUAUACGGCAACCCUCAUGCUUUCAGACCACCGCCGCCUUCCAAGUCGCCCAAGUCCUCAGACGGCAGGAAAGUGUCGUUUAGAGAUACGGUGGAAGACAUCAACGCCUACGACGCAUCCCCGAGGAUCCAGCCCAAGGAUAGUGCCGCUGCGGCCUCGGGAGGUAGCAGCGCUGCUGGGUCGGCAACGAAGACAAGCAAGUGGCAGCCUCUGUCGUCAGUUGACCCGAAUCCGAUUGCGGACAAUGAUCCCUUUAGCCUGGGAGACAGUGACGACGAGUUCGAACAUGGUCAUAGGCGUGGCAGCAGUCAGAUCAAGAUGGAGGAUACAACAGCGACGGAUGCGGACCACGAGAGGUUGAGACAGGCAACAGCUGACGCUAUGGCUGAUAGUUUGGUGGAGGGCGAUAAGACGAAGAAGAGUGACGAGGCGAAGUAAAGAAUUACAGCAUUUGUUCUUGAUGAAAUAGGA